GUUAAAUGUUGAAUAUUUGCGUCCAAAAUGGCCUCUCAGGGAGCCUUACACAGUGGUUACAAUCACGCUACCACAAGGAGUUGGCAAAGCACAAACACGGAAAUAACAUCAAAGAACUUGCUCUACCCUUUGUUCAUCACGUGAGUAAUACGAAAAUACAAAUAUACGAAAACCGUUCGACGUACUGUAUGUUGCGUGCGGAUAGGAGGAACCGUGGUUUGAGAAAGAGGCCUUUUACGGAGCCCAGUUAGUGCCAUCUGGUAUUUCUCAUCAACUUUUUUUCCACGACCUCAACUUUUUUUCACGACUUCAACUUUUUUUCUCGACCUCAACUUUUUUUCACGACUUCAACUUUUUUUCACGACCUCAACUUUUUUUCACGACUUCAACAUUCCGACGUAACUACGUGAGGUAACCCGACUAGGUGAGGUAACCUGCCUAGGUGGGGUAACCCGCCUGUCCAUAUAGUUUCUUAUUUUAUCUUGAUCAUGUUUAUAUGAUAGGCAGGGUGGCCUGCCUAGGUGGGUUGUCCAGUCUGCCAGAUAGGGUAACCCUGUCAGCCGGGGUGACAAUUUGCCAUGUAAAUGUCUCAAGGUGGGGUAACCCGCCUAGCCGGAGUCACAUUCAUGGCAAAAAGCUCGAAAGCGAAACAUUUAAAACUUUGUACAUAUCCUAGCUGUCUCAUGGCAGAAAUCACCAGAAACCACAAUGGACACACAAGGAGUGUAAAAUGUUCACAUUUUGGAAUAUUUAGCAUCCUAAAUUGACCAUACCAUAAAAGUUCAGAUAGUAAUGACUCCCUGUAAGUAGCGUCCCCCCUGAAAUUAAUGCCAAUUUUUGGUGGCUGCUAGUAAAUCCCACCAUAAGUAGUAGCAACCUCCCAAAAGUAGUGACUAGUGACCUCCCCCCCUGAAAAUAGCAAGACCGUGAAAACUGGAUAAACAAAUUUUGUCUCAUUUGUUUAUUGGUGUUGAUAUUGAUUUAUUUUAGUUCCAUAUUGUGGUAUUUAUCAUUGUUACCUUCUUUUUAUGAAACACAAUCUAUACAUAUGGAAUGCAAAUAAAAUGUUGUUCUUUUUUAAUUUUAUGUUGUUCAUUUUUAUUUCAGAAAAAAAAGUUCACACCAGCUCUAUUUGUAAACCAUUUUUGUUCCCCAAAAGUAACGACCCCCUGAAAGUAAUGACCCCCCGAAAGUAGCAACCCCUAAAGGCUGUUAAUUCUGAAAUUAACAAGGGUUGCUACUAUCGGAACUCUACGGUAUUUCGUUUCUCGAACUAUUCAGUAUAACAUAUUAAGUCAAUGGUUCCUUGCAUAACCUAAUGCCAUGUAACACAAUGCAUGACGCUUUUAUGAAUAAAUACAAAUGUGUCUGAGAAUUAAUCUUUUGUCUCCUUCUCGAGCUUGGGACACCUCUGCUCAAACUCCUUAAUUGCAAGCACAACAACAACCUCAAGAAACCUCACCCCAGCACCCCAGGGUUGUAAGAUUGCAUGUAAAUGCGUUUUAUGUUUUGACCAUGUCUAGACAGGUUACCUCACCUACCUGGGGUCCCCCACCAGUCUAAGGGCCUGUUUACAUGGAGGUGUCCCUGUAUUGCCAAUGUACUGAGAAGAAGUAAAUUCAGACAUGGCCAACUCACUCGUCCACAUCUACAUGAUUGGCUCAUUUUCUAGUUAAACCUAUUCCUACUGACUAGAAUAAUCUCUUUGGCUUCAUUUCUUUUUUAACCAUCACAAAACUGCUUUACUAUGGCCUUGUGUGUUAAAACAAAAAAAUUUUGAUUGUUUACGUUCCACCUAUUGUCCACAAAAUUUGGACAAGGUGACAUUCAAUCUUAAGGUAAACAUUUAUGGGCACUGUUGAAUAACAGACCAGAGAAAGUCAUUCGGGGAAAUUAAAGUCGUGCCAGAAUGUUCAUGUCAUGCUGGAAAGUUAAAGUCGUGCCAGAAUAUUGAAGUCAUGAGAAAAAGUUGAAGUCAUGUGGGAAAGUUGAAGUCUUGAAAAAAGUUAAAGUCAUGAAAAAAAGUUGAAGUCAUGAAAAAAAGUUUAAGUCACAAAAAAAAAAAUUGAAGUCAUAAAAAAAAAAGUUGAAGUAGUGAAAAAAAGGUUGAAGUUGUGAAAAAAGUGGAAGUCAUGGAAAAAAAAUUGAUGAGAAAUACGAGGUGGCACUAACUGGGCUCCAUAGCCUUGGGUUGAAAUAAUGGGAGAAAUAUGAAUUGAUUGCAAUAAAUUAUUUCUCUGUUUGUGGAUGUUUUUAAUUGGAGGUUGAGCAAAUCUUCUGAUCUUAGGGAUUUAAAAAAACUUGCUAUCUUUGUAGAGAUGAAGCAGAUGCAUUGGAGGAAGUUUCAAGUCUACCUGGACAGUUCAGGUACAUGACUUUAUCAUCAAAGAAAUAUCAACCUGCAGAUUAUGAAGCUAUGACAUUUCCUGAAAAAUUUUUUGCCAGUAUAAUUUAAAGAGAAAUAAUCCCAAAUCAGUCAUAAGCUAAUGUUUCAAUGCUAGGUCUAUCAUGCCUAGAACAUUAUCUUUGAAACACUAGGAUUAAUGGUUACUUGUACUUGUACAAUGGACAAAGCUGUAGAGAGGGACUAGGGGCAGAAGUCUGGGAGAAUAGGAGGCAGGAAGGGUGAUGGGGGUUGAGAGAAGAGGGUCUCAAUGGGGUUAAUUGUUAGCCAUAAAAUGGCCAAAAAAAAAUAGCUUUUGGGCAGGAAAAAGUUCAAUUGUAAAAUUUUUCCUUUCUACAGUAUGUCAUUUUCUGUCAUUUUGGGUUGACUGUAGCUGCAAAAAAGGCCAAAAUUGUAAUGGUUAGCCAUAAAAGCCAUCACCCCUUUGAGACCCUGAGAGAAGGCUUGAAAUGAAAAUUUCAUGAGGGUUGCACACUUGAGGAAAUGAAAAUAUACACUCAUCAUUUCAUCAAAAUCUGCACAUUUACCCGGUUAAGAUUGGAAGGCAGGCAGGUAAGGAGGGAGAGGUCUUAUAGCAGAAUGGGAAAAAUAUUUGAGGGGAAAUGUCAAGAAUGUGUUCAGCUCUUAAUGAGUUAAUGAUUCUUCAACUUUAUUCAAAGGAUGGGGAUUAACAAUAUGGAAAAGAUAGUUUCACCCUUAGUGAAGAAAGGACUCAAGUCUGUUUUGUUGUUUGGAGUUCUCUCAAGGCUAAAGAAGGUACAAUCACUGAUUGUUCGCUAUGUAUUUUAAAUCAGACAACAAAAUUUUGUGACAUGGAAGGAGAUAAAAUCUUUGCAGCAGGUCUUAAGGAUCAUUAUAGCAACCCUUAAUUUUGCUAAUAGUCUCACUGGAUGAAAUGUUUUACAUGGUUUAGGUUUGGAACAAGUGAUAUACCCUUUCCAAUUCAAUUAUUUUCCAGGUGGAGUUAAGCAAUGCAGUAGUAUAAGAUAACUUAAUACCAACUCAUAAUUCCAAGUUAAUUGGGAAGGAAAUCAACUUAUAGGAAUACAUUUUAUUAAACUUAUUUUUUCUUAGUUUGUAAAUAUGUUGUCUGCUUCCUUCUGGGCACCUUAUUUCAUAUUUUAACCCUUUACACCUAUUAUCAGUAUGUAUAUUCUCCAUACUGUUCCCUAUACAUUUCUUAAGGUGCUGACAAGGAGAAUUUGUUUAACAAUCAAGACCCUUUUAAGUUGGUGAUCAUUUACUUUAUUCUCAUGACCUUAAUGUGUGAUUUAGGCGUGAUGUUGUCGGGAGAAAUUAGAUACUAGUCACUCUAAGGGGUAAAGGGUUAAAGCAAUAAUGGAGAUUGCUGGCAGGUUAUAAUAACUUUAACCCUUUAACUCCCAUGAGUGACCAAGACAAAAUUUCUCCUUUCAACAUCAAUACAAUAUAUCAAGCUGGCAAAUAAUGAGAAUAGCAAAAAAUAUUAUUAUUAGCUGAUCUAAUACCAAAUUCUCCAAAAUAACACGAUAAGAAUUGUGUAGCACACAUUAUGGAGAAUUACUAAUGAGAUCUUGGGAGUGAAAGGGUUCACAAAUAAACCCCUAUGUAUUCAUAUCCAGUGUGUACAUAUAUCCUUGUGUAGACAGAUGAUGCUUGUAAUGCAGACAGUGAAGAUAACCCUGCGAUCUUAGCAAUAAAGAAGAUAUCAUCCUUGUUUCCUGACCUACUGAUCUGCUGCGAUGUUUGUAUUUGUCCAUAUGCAACUCAUGGCCACUGUGGUAUGUGAUAUCCUCUGCAGUUUUCAUUAAAUUUUUUUGUUCUCAUGAACUAAACCUUUUAAGACUUCAAAUCAAUAAUACUAAUAAUAAUAAUAAUAAUAAUAAUAGGCUUUCUUUAGAGAGGGUGAAAACACUUAAUAGUAGCCCUAAGAUACUGAUGACUCUGUGGCCCUCAAAACAAUUACAAAAUAUAGAUGCUACAACUAAUAACUAUAAAAUAUACCGUAUUAAAAAGAUAAAAUAUAAUGAAUAAUUCACAUAUACAAAAUUACAGUCUAAGGUGCAUUGGGUACUAAGUUAAUUUUUGGGCUGCUUAGGUACAGUAAUGCCUUGAUUUAUUUUUUCAUUUACUUUCUUUAACACCUUUAAUUGGUUAAUCACCAAUUUUAAGUUUUGAAUAUUAAAUCAAUAUACCACUUACAGUUUAAAAGUGUAUGAGGUUGUAAUUAAAUUUACCAAUUUGAUUAAAAGCUAGAUAGUAGGGUUUACGGUCAACUCGCCGACGGACCAACUCGCCGACACUAACUCGCCGACGUAUAAAAUCGAGUAGAGACGUCGGCGAGUUGGUCGUCAAUCCAAUACAACUUAUUAGAAGCUAAACAUACAGAAAAUUAAACGAUAUUUAGUAAAAAAACAUUGGACAUUGGUGAACAUCAAACAGAAGCUUAAACAUCGGUGAACAUUGGUGAACAUCACCAAUGACUAUAACAGCUUAAGACGCGAACGAGUUAUUGUGCGACAACAACACCGUAAAGACUCAUCAUGUCAAUCGCUCAGAUUUUUUAACGAAAACGUGGCUUUCUAGACGAGAUCUUUAGUAAAAAACAUUUCUUUUUAUUUGCAACAAAGUUUAUAAGGAUCUUAAGGCGAAUAAAGCGAAGUAAACAUCACCAACGACUCCAACAGCUUAAGACGCGAACGAGUUAUUGUGUGACAACAACACCGUAAAGACUCAUCAUGACAAUCGGUCAGAUUUUAAAGGAAACUUGGCUUUCUAGUCAAGAUCUUUAGUAAAAAGCAAUUCUUUUUAUUUGCAACGAAGUUUAUAAGGAUCUCAAGGCGAAUAAAGUAAAGUAAACAUCACCAAUGACUCCAACAGCUUCAAACACGAACGAGUUAUUGUAUGACAACAACACUGUAAAGACUCAUCAUGACAAUCGGUCAGAUUUUUUAACGAAAACUUGGCUUUCUAGACAAGAUCUUUGGUAAAAAGUAUUUCUUUUUAUUUGCAACAAAGUUUAUAAGGAUCUUAAGGCGAAUAAAGCGAAGUAAACCUCGCCAACGACUCUAACAGCUUCAGACGCGAACGAGUUAUUGUGUGACAACAACACCGUAAAGACUCAUCAUGUCAAUCGCUCAGUUUUUUUUAACGAAAACUUGGCUUUCUAGACAAGAUCUUUAGUAAAAAGCAUUUCUUUUUAUUUGCAACAAAGUUUAUAAGGAUCUUAAGGCGAAUAAAGCGAAGUAAACCUCACCAAUGACUCUAACAGCUUCAGACGCGAACGAGUUAUUGUGUGACAACCAUAGCAACCACGCGGAACCACAUUUUUUUUUUUAACUUUAAAGAAAGAUUUAUUCAUGAUCGAGAACGUUUGAUUUACGAUAAAAACGAUAAAAUUCCAUUUAUUAUAAAGAUCAGAUGAACAUGUGAAAGUAAUGUAUAUCAUGCAAUAACUCUGCUCUUGUAGGUCCGUUUAAUCUCGACAUCGAUUUCAAUAAUUGGGCCGCUGUUCUUUCACCAUUUUCAUAUUUCUCCCAUAAUCCAAACACCUUACUCUGUAAUUGCCUAAUAAAAAGAAAUGCUUUUUACUAAAGAUCUUGUCUAGAAAGCCAAGUUGUCGUUAAAAAAACUGAGCGAUUGACAUGCUGAGUCUUAACGGUGUUGUUGUCACACAAUAACUCGUUCGCGUCUGAAGCUGUUAGAGUCGUUGGUGAGGUUUACUUCGCUUUAUUCGCCUUAAGAUCCUUAUAAACUUUGUUGCAAAUAGAAAUAAUUGCAUUUUACUAAAGAUCUCGUCUAGAAAGCCACGUUUUCGUUAAAAAAUCUGAGCGAUUGACAAGAUGAGUCUUUACGGUGUUGUUGUCGCACAAUAACUCGUUCGUUAUAGUCAUUGGUGACGUUCACCAAUGUUCACCGAUGUUUAAGCUUCUGUUUGAUGUUCACCAAUGUUCGCCAGUGUUUUUUUACUAAAUAUCGUUUACUUCUCUGUAUGUUUAACUUCUAAUAAGUUGUAUUGGAUUGACGACCAACUCGCCGACGUCUCUACUCGAUUUUAUACGUCGGCGAGUUGGCGUCGGCGAGUUGGUCCGUCGGCGAGUUGACUGGUUACCAGAUAGUAGCCAGUAUCAGUGAAAGAGAACUUUGAAAUUUAGUUACUUAGAAACACCUUUUGUACCAGGUACACCUGUUAUAGAUACACCUUUCCAAACAGAUUAGACUAAUUUGUUUCAGAAGAACUCAAUGGGACUUCAGUGCAUUAGUAUAUUAAGGAGGUGGCAUGGGUGAGUGGUUAGGGCACUGGACUUGUAAAUCUGAUGGUCCCAGGUUCAAAUCCUCCUCCCUGCUUUUCCUUGGAUUUGUUUGCAGUUUCCUAAAGUUCAACUCAUCAGCUGGGCUGUGUAAUUAGCCAACUGGUCUGCCUCCUACCAGUUGGGAUUUUAAAACACUUUAUGUUUAUUUGAAAAAUUUGUUUGUUUGCACACAUAUAAGCAUAUGUAAAUGGAUAUAUAUGCAUAUUAACUGACUACAGGUACCAAGAUUAAUUUUCCCUUUCCUCAAUAACAUAAGGCAGAGUCAAAUUCUUAACUGAAAGUCUUACUUACAGGUAUCCUAAAUGAGGAUGGUUCCAUCAAUAAUGCAGCAAGUAUCAAAAGGAUUGCUGAAAUAUCUUUGUCCUAUGCCAAGGCAGGUAUGAAAAUAGAAAUGGUAUAUUUUCCUCGUUGAGGUGAUUUAAUUUGUUGAAGAAACUAUUUUUUUAUAUAAAAGGGGGUAAGUUUCUAAAGAAAUUGUGGUGCAGCAUUAGAGGGAGUGUAUAACAGGGUGAUUUGUAUCUGAGUUGAUAAUAUCAACUGGGAACUCAUUACCAUGUUUCCACCAAUAGCAUAGCUCCAUUUUCUGCAUUCAAACAUACAGACACAACCCACAAUUCCUCCAUUUGCUCUGACAAAGGGCUAACGUCAGAGCAAAUGGAGAAAUGUCAGCUUUGAAACUCUUAACGGGGACCAAUUUAUGUUACUACCUGAUGGACUAACAUCCCACAUAGAAGAGGAAUCUGAGUAGCCUUUUAAAAUUGUUUCUUUGUCCAUCAGUGAUAAAAAAAGUGAAGUCAGCUAAUAAGUCAAGAGACCAUUCUGCCAAGCUUUUUCCACUUUCAGUAGAUUUUAAGGCAACUUGGAUUAUUGUAGCUGCACCUCUACAGAUGGGAUGCACAAAAGCUUAACAGGGUUGCCUUCAGCAUUUCCUCCGAUUUCCCUCACCAUUUGUUUGUAUUCAUGUGUAAUCAUGGGUGGAGAGAAACACAUAGAGACCAACUAUUUUUGCAGAAGAACUCAAUAAAAUGGUGCAGCUGGGGCUGAGAUACCUUUCAAUCCAGAGAACAGCACAAUAACCUGUAAACCACCUUAGUUCCCUACUCUUUUGUGAUAAUCAUAAUUUCUGUCCAAUAGCUUGUGGGUUAUCUGUAAAUUUAGCAGUGAAAAAAAAACUGUUGCUGAGCAAGCUAUGUUCAUUCAGAGGAUCAGUCUUUUCUACUGCUAACAUGAUUGAACAACCUACAUUUUUCCAACAACCAUUCUUUGCAUACCCCAUUCUUAGAUUAAUGCGCAUAUCCAGUAGUUGUCAGUUGUUAUUUACCCACAAUUGUGUAUAGCUCACCCAUUAAUUCUCUUGUAGGUUGUCAUGUUGUAGCCCCUUCAGACAUGAUGGACAAUAGAAUAGCAGCUAUUAAAGAUAUAUUACACAAGAAUGGUUAUGGAGGAAAGGUAUUGAUAUAAUUGUAAUACACAAUGCCCAUAUAAUUUGUGUUUAAGGUAGCUCAAUGAUACAGCAUUAAUAAAUAUUUCAAGAUUUAUUCUUGCCGCAUGUGUUCUAAUGUAAUAAUAUCUUCAUUAGGUUGCAGUUAUGAGCUACAGUGCAAAGUUUGCCUCUAGUUUUUAUGGUCCAUUCAGGUAAUCUGUAAGUUAUAAAAGACACCUCUUGCUACUAAUAAUCAAACCAUCCAGUGAUUUCCAUACCUUGCUGUAUUCAAAUUUAUUUAUAUAAUAAGCUCAGUUAUGCACGCAUUCUGAUUGGUUCUCACUUAUGAUCUAUUGGAGGACAGACGUAUAGAUGACGUCAUCGUCAAAACUUUUUUUAAUUCUUUAUUAUAUAAAACAAGUAGAUUCCAAGUUGCCAUGCAUCUGUUCAGUAAUAGAUCAUGUGAUCAUAGAUCAUGUGAUAAGGACAUCAGUGACACACUCGGCUGCGCCUUGUGUGCCACUUUUUUGUUCUUACCAUAUUUUGAUGUCCUCUGUCAUCUAUUACUGAACAGACGCACAGCAACUUGGAAUCUAUUUAUUAAAUAUACUACAGCUGUCAUAUCACUUUCGUAUUGCAUAUUGUUGUAGUUUGUUUGCAUUUCUUUUAUAGAGAUGCAGCAAAAAGUGCACCAGCCUUUGGUGAUAGAAGAUGUUAUCAGUUGCCAUCAGGAUCUAAAGGUCUUGCUGCCAGAGCUGUGGUAAGAUUUGGUCUUUAGCAUUCUUUGCUUGUUGUAGGUGGCUUUAUUUUAAGCAAUUUGGGUUUAUCAACUGAGUCAGUAAGGUGAUUUGGCCAUUGCCAUGAGAUUCUCAAGCUGUUAUGUUGAGCAUUAGCCUUUUAUCAGCCCCUUUGCUUGGACAAAAUUGAAAUUCGCUCGAUAAGCCCCAAGAAUUUGGUGCUUCAGCAGGUAAAAGCCUCUUGCUGAUGAGUUUGUAUAGUUUCAUCACCUGUUUGUUGGUUAAAUGGUAAUAAUAAAAGGGAGUUAAAAGGGAAAGCAUUAUUUUAAAGUUUGCUUCUUUUUCCAGGGGUGUGAGGCAUUCUGGCCUCAUUAUUGACAUCUGGGGAUCUGACCUCAAAGCUCAGCAGGAGUCAUUGUCUAGAGCUCUUGGGCAGGGAACUUCUCAAACCAAAGGGUGUGAAUGGGUAUUGGGGAACUGUUUGCUAGGAAAACUAACAACAAUUUUUGUUGGGGGGGGGGGGGCAGGGGUAUGGUAAUUGGGAGAAGGUCUGACAGCCUGGACCACUUGGUCUGCAAUAAAACCUUACCAGUAAAUCCAAGAUAAAAGUGUUUCUUGUAAAUUUUUCCUUCUAACCAAUUAACAGGAAAGGGAUGUCAGGGAAGGAGCAGAUUUUCUUAUGGUCAAACCUGGGAUGGCUUACCUUGAUAUUGUGAGGCAAACUAAGGAUAAGGUACACAAUGGAUUGUUUACUUUUGGUAACUUUCACUCACAAGACUUAGCAUUUUUGAUAGAAAAUGUACAUAUCAUUCCAUGCUCAUUAGCUUAGAGAAUUUUGUCAAGUAUGUCCCCUCCAUAAUUGAGCCAGGUUUCUGAAAAUGCUUGGACAACUUCUGAAAUUAUCAUAAAAGAGCUGUCAAUGAGAGACUAGCAACUAACAGGCCUGCUAGUAUCUCAAAAGACUCAACUCUCUUCCAUGCCAUAUAACAUGGUUUACUUUGUUAAAUUUCCCUGUUAAUUGGAAAAUGAUGAAUUUUCAGAGUUAUUUACUCAGACCAGAUAUAAAAGUCAGGCAGAAUGGAUAUUUUGGAUAAGAAGAAUGUUUUCAAUGGACAACCAUAAGACACGCACAUAAUAGUUAAAUACAGGGAUCAUACCAAUUACCUUCAGCAAUGGGUUUAUCAAACUGAACAUAUUUGUAUAAUUGUAGCAAUUUACAAAGUCACAGUUUUUCACUAUAAAAUUAAUUAACAUGAAGUCAUCACUAUGAUAAUUUUAAAUUGUCAUUAACACUUUUUGAGACUUUUUAUUUAUUUCACUAGUUCCCUGAUUUGCCACUGGCAAUUUACCAGGUUUGUAUCAAAACACUUCUUUGAAUUUUACUCAAAUUCUAUUAAACCUUUUAUUUAAGGACACAUCAGUUAGAACCAUGUUAGUUCACAAGUUAAUUCUCACAGACCACCUGAAUCUGAGUCGGAAGGAGGGGAACAGACAUGAAGAUCAACAUCAAGAAAACCAAAAAUAUAAUUUAUAUUACUGCUGUUGCAAGAAAGUCCCUUUUGUUGUCAAGUCUCACAAAUCAGUUCAUUCCUCUUUCCUAAGGUGUCAGGGGAAUUUGCAAUGUUGUAUCAUGGAAGUAAGGCAGGAGCAUUUGACUUAAAGAAAAUUGUUCUAGAAUGCUUAACCUCUAUGAGAAGGGCAGGUAAUAAUAAUUUUGUAUUAUUAAGAAAAAAUUCUUAUUAUAUUAUUAUACUUUUGAAUGCCAGUACUGAUAUUUUUUUCAUUGUUUUAUACACAUGACUUGUGUGAGCCCUUCUCUUCCAAAGACAUGGAAGCUGAUUAGCCAAGAAAUAAACAGAUUUUGAUUUUGAUGGAUCCUUAAUUGUUGGUUAAUGUUCUGUUCAUUAACUUACUGUUGUUAACCUCAGUUAGCUGUAGUAACAGGCAGGUGUAGCUCAUGGUUUAGAUCUCACACAAGGAUACUGUUUAGUAGUAAUUACAAACUAAUUCCCACGAAUAAAGUUAUUUCCAAGAAAUCAAAAUUAUGAUCAAUUAAUUGUUCUCUAGUAACCUUCUAAAUGAAAGUUAACUUGUCUUAUGUGGUUUUUCAGGUGCUGACAUCAUCAUAACAUAUUUUGUUCCACAACUAUUGGACUGGCUGAAUGAAAACAACUGA